UUGAAACACGUAUAAAUUUCUUUUUUACAAUUUCAACUCAAUUUACCGUAUCAAGUUAAAUUUCUGAAAUGAUGGAGACCAAAAUAUUUUACUAUUUCUUGUUUAUGUGCGCGAGUUCAAUCGAUAUUACGUUAUCCGCCCAAAAAUACGGCCAUAUCAGUGAUUGUUAUUUCUACGAUCGAUCAAUAAUAACUGGAAACGAUAAUGUAACAUUUAUUUGUGGCAACUAUCCGAAUGAAAAUGGAGUUUUCGUCGAUCAAACGAAAUUCCGUUGUUCAAAUUAUCAGCGAAAUGUGCUAAAUUACUAUCCGGGAACGAUCGAUUUUCGAAGUUGUCGUUUUCCGAAACUCGAACGAAAUUUUUUCCAACAAUUUCCCCGAAUGCACACAUUCAUCAUAUCGAAUUUGGGGUUGGAAGAGCUCGAUGCAAAGAUGUUCGGUGAAGCAAGAAAUGUUAGCAAUUUAAUUUUGUCGCAAAAUUCACUGAAAGAAAUUCCAGCAUUUUUAUUGGUCAAUGCAAAACGACUCAAGUAUGCUGAUUUUUCCAAUAAUUCAAUUGAACGAAUCGAUCGACUGGGAUUUACGGAUGCCUACAGUCUUGAGGUAUUGGAUUUAUCACGAAAUGCUAUUUCAGAAAUCGAUCGUGAGACAUUCAUCGAUUUGACAAAUUUAAAAUCACUAAAUAUGUCAUAUAAUAAAAUUAAAAAAAUUGAUCCACAAGCCUUUAAUAUGAACAAUUUAUUGACUCUGAAUUUAUCGAACAAUGAAGUGAUUGGCUUGGAUGAAAAUACAUUCAACCAAACCAUCAAUUUGAAGAGCUUGGAUUUAUCCAAUAAUUUUAUUGGCGAUUUAGCAGUCGGAAUAUUUUCGUUUAUGCCGAACCUGGAAUAUUUGAAUUUGCGACGAACCAAUUUAUCAGACAUCAAAUUUGGAACAUUUUCACAUCAACAUAAAUUGAUUUUAUUGGAUUUAUCCGAAAAUAAUUUAAAGAAAUUGGACUUCAGUCUGUUCAUGCCGAUCAUGCACGAUCUUCAAUCACUCGAGUUGGACGAAAAUCAACUGAUCGAUUUGGAUGGCUUUUCAAAUUCACUUUUUCCACAAUUGCGGACUCUUGACAUCAAACAUAAUAAUUUCAAUUGUUCGCAUUUGAUAAAACUCAUGAAAUCGGUCAACUGGGAAAAGAUUCGCAUUCCGGUUGAAUCAAAUUCAAUUAAACCGGACGAAACAAGUAUACGGGGUGUUAAGUGUUCGGGCAAUCUUACGGAAUUACGCGAAGACAUAUCAGUGUUAAAUGAGAAGAAUUCCGAUAAUGGGGGCUCUUCCACUUUCCUGGAAUAUUCCAUGAUAUUCAUGUGCGUCGUUAUGCUAACUUUCUUCGUUUUGUUUUUGGUGUUGAAUAAAGAUCGUUUCAUAAAAUUUACAAAUUUUCGUCGAUUGAAUGGCGGAAUAUCAACAACCACCCUUUCUGCCACCGCAAAGAUGUUGAACGUUUUGGUGAUAGUGUUUGCAAUACUUGCAAACUUUUCCGUACAUUCUCUAAAGUACAAACAUAUCAAUGACUGUAAAUUUUACAAUACUGGUCAGAAUUAUGGUGAUGAUAAUAUAACAUUUGUUUGCGGUGAAAUUGAUAAAAGUAGUCAUUUGUUUGACUCCGAAAAAUUCAAGUGCCAAAAAAUGCAGAACACAGUGGACAAUAAGUGGCUGGGAAAGAUAAACUUUGAAAAUUGUCAAUUUCAUGACAUGGACUUCGAUUUUUUCAGAGACUUUCCAUCGAUACACACUUUGUUGGCGUCCGAUUUGGAAUUGGAAAUAAUGCACGUGGAAUUUUAUCGAGAUGCAAAGAAUUUAACUUAUUUGGAUGUAUCGCAAAAUCGAUUGUCGGAAAUUCCUCAGCUAUUAUUUUUUAGUGCGGAGCACCUAACAAAUGCCGACUUUUCCAACAAUUCCAUCGAACAAAUCGAUAAUUUGUCAUUUUUGGGUGCGAACAAUUUGAAAAUAUUGAAUUUAUCAUACAAUAAAAUCCAUCAUCUCAAAUCGAAUGUAUUAUCAGCGCCGAAACUGGAAUUUUUGGACUUGUCGAAUAAUAACUUAUCGAUUUUGGAACGAUACUCAUUCGAUAAUUUAACGAAAUUGAAACAAUUGAAUUUGUCAUUUAACCCAAUUGGUGAUUUUAAAAUCGAUAUGUUCGUUCAUUUGAUGAAAAUCGAAAAUUUGGACUUGAAACGUACAAACAUUUCAACAAUUCGUUUGGGAACGUUUUCACAUCAGCAAAAAUUAAUUCGAUUAGAUUUAUCCGAAAAUAAUUUGAAAGAAUUGGAUUUCAGCCACUUUUUGCCACUUCUUCCCGAUUUGCGAUCUCUAUUUUUGGACGAAAAUCAACUCACCCAUUUGGAUGGCUUUGCAAAUGACCUAUUCCCAAAACUGGAAUUGCUGGACAUUCGAAACAAUAGCUUCAACUGUGAUUACUUACAACAAUUCAUGAAAUCGAUCAAAUGGGAAAAACUUGAACUUCCGUUAGAUAAAUCAUCGACCAAACCACACGAAGAAAGCAUUCGAGGCAUCAACUGCAAAGUUAUGGAAAACAAUAACAGCCCUGAACAAGUUGAAAGUUUUCGCGAAAAAUUAAUUGAAACACUUGAAAAAGUAAAACAAACUGUCACCAGCUAUACAUUUUUGCUCAAUAUUUAUAUGAUAUUGAUUUUUGUCACUCUAUUGAUAUUCUUCAUUGUAUAUGUCAUUGCGAAUCUGGAUCAAAUCUGCAAACGACAAGUUACCUUUCAACAUCAACAAAAUGAAAGGCCACUUGUGCCCGAAAGUAGCGUGGAAUUUAAGAACCAUUCCGAAGUUUUAAUAAUAAAAGAACGCUAAUUAACUACAUUUAAAGUCAAAAGCAGACGCAGACCAUUAUAUGAUAUAUAAUUUAUGGGAAUAUAUACAUUUUUCAUGACAUUUUUAUGUAACUUAUAAAAUUAAUCAUCAAU